AUGCCGCUCUCACUCGGCUAUCUCUCCUUUGGUGGUAGCGAAGGCACCCCCCGAAAUGUCCUCAGUCUGUCACAAGAGCUACAAGACUUCCGCGAUGUCAUUUCUUGGGUCAGAGGCAACCCAUCUUUCGACAACGAGAAGAUCGUUGCAUGGGGAAGCAGUUUGGAAGCAAUGUAUCCAACGGCAUUGAUCGCAGAAGACCAUGCCCUUGCAGCAGCCAUUGUGCAGUGUCCAGCGGUCGACGGUCUUCUGGCAGCACUGCAGGUCCCUCUCUGGCGGUCACUGUCGCUGACUUUUCUGGCCCUGCUAGAUACCAUCGGUUCGUGGGUGGGAUUGGGUCCAAUAUAUGUCACCACAGCGAACACAGGAAAGAACAAGCUGGCUAUGCUCUCGGCUCCAGAUGUCCCGGGUGGCUGGGCUCGCCUCACGCCCGAAGAUGAUAGCUCAUUCCUCAAUCAAAUCGCCGCGCGCUCUCUCUUCUCCAUUCUUAUUCAUCGGCCAGGUCAGCGGACUGAGCGAAGCAUCAAGCCGUACCUUGCUGUCUGCACUGAGUAUGAUUCCGUAGCAAGCCUCAAGGGCGCUGAGCAAGCUGCAAGAAAAGCGCCACUUGGCGAGAUUGUGAAGGUCAAGGGAGGACACUUCGAUGUGUAUAAAGGAGGAAUUUCAUUUGAAGAGGGUUUAAAAGCUCAGCUUGAGUUUCUGGAGCGCGUUGUUCCCUUGUCCGAAGCAUGA